AAACAACUUACAAUCGAACUACAUUCGUAAUUGGCUAUCUGUACCGUCGAUGGUUUACUAGAUUCAAUAAUAUUAUUUGUAUUAUUAUUAUUAUUACUAUCACUAUUCAUAAUUAUUCGUGUUUAUCAUAUGACAAUUAGAAUCAAAUCAUCUCAGUUACAAAAAUAUUUUCCAAUGUUUUUCAAUGAUUAAAAUGUACUAAAAUGUUUCCCAAAUUAACCAAUAUCUUUAAUAAAUAUUAAUCCAAUAUAAAUGGACUAAUUUCUUUCUUUAUAUAUUUUCAAUGAAAUUUCACUAUUUCGAGAUAAAACAUACUUCAUUUAAUACAAAUAGUAAAAAGUAAAAUUGUUUAUGACAUAUUUGUAUGACUAUUAGAAUGUAAUCAAAAUGUUCAAUGGGGAAAAACAAAAAUAAACUAAAAAAAAAGUUUUUUUAAAAAUUAUGUUUUAAUGUAUAAAAAAUGUCAGAUUUCAAAUUUCCAAGUUAUUUUCUUCUAUUUGUAUUAUAUUUUAUUAUUCAAGCCUAUUGUAUAGAAUCUAGUUCCCAAUUUCGAGCAAAUGUUACACUGAAAUUGGGUCUUAGCACUGAUUUUAGCACAGAAUGCGAUGAUACUGUUUACAAAGUUGUGAUAUGCGCUGGAGAAUUUACCAAUCAAUGUCAAUUAACUGGCCCGAUUUCUCGUUUUACCCAAGCAACUUGUGCAUUUCAAGGACCACCAGAGUCAAUAAGUUUCUUAGUCUCAUCUGUAGAGAAUCCAAUUGAAUUAAAGGUUACAGUGCAAAAAGUCGGUGAACAGGAAAUUCAACAACUUCGUAAUACAGAAUUUCGUUUAGCAGAAGAAAGUGAAUUAUCUGUCACAUCAUCAGAUCUUUCAUUGAUAGUUCGUUUUCAUGUCACAUAUUCAUGUCUACCGAAUUAUUUCGGGAAGUUAUGCAACAAAUUCUGUAAUGUUGAAGCUAUAGAAUAUCAAUGUGAUCAUCUAGGGAAUAUGUUAUGCAAACCAGGUUAUUACAUGGAUCAAAAAUUUCAAUUAUGUCGAUUAGAUCAAUGUAUUCAUCAUAAAAAUUAUUGUUUAAAUAAUGGAUUAUGUAUGAAUAAUCCAAAUGUAGAUACUAUUAACUUACCAUUAUGUAUAUGUUCAUCUAAUUAUAAAGGUUUACGUUGUGAAUUAAAAAAUCCAAUUAUUAGUAGUAUAAUAUCAGAAAAUUUAAAUCAUUCAAUUCAUCAUAAUAAUUUAUUAAAUAUGAAUACAACUAUGAAUAAUAUAGAAUAUAAAACUAAAAAUCAAAAAUCAAAAUUCAUUCAUUCUAAUAAUCAAUCAAUAAUUUCAACACCAUUUAUUCCAUUUAUUCAAUCUUCUUUCAAUUCUAUAACUACUAAUAAAUCAUUAAUCAGUAGUACAAUAUCACCAAUUGUAUCCUAUUCAGAAAUAGUUAUACCAAUAAACAAUUCAAAAACUAUUCAUGAACAGAACUGGAGAAAACUUAUCAUCAUAUCGUCUAUUGGUUUAAUUCUCAUCAUAACUAUAAGUACAGGAUGUAUUGGAUUAGUUUUAUGCUUAAUGCGUCGUAAACCUAAAAUGGAUAAAAAAUCUAAUAUUUCCAGUAUAAUUACACACGAUUCAAGUUGUAAUUAUAAAUCGGCUAGACAAUGGACAUCAGUUGAUCAAUCACCAACUGAUCUAAAUUAUUACGAUAGUUCUGAUUGUAGAAUAAUUCCAGGAAAUACAAAUAGUGGUAUUAUGGAAACAGGUGCUGCUUAUCCAACACCAUUUAACGAAUCCUUAUUACAGACAAGCACAAAUAUAGAUAGAAAUUAUGGUUUGUUUGACUUUUCAUCUACACAGAACUAUUAUCAAAAUCAAUAUCCGGGGCCAUAUCAUCAAGAAAAACAACAUGAACAACAGCGCGAGCAACAACUUUAUCGACAUUCUUCUAUUGGUACAACAGGAUAUCGUAGUGAAAUGGUAACUGAAAAUGGGUUUACUACAAUUCCAAAAGAUUUAUAUUUAUCUAAUCGUUAUAUGACAUGGAAUCCUACAGCAAAACAACCACCAUGUUAUGUAACAUCAGUGAAACAAUUAUCAUUGGACAAAAGAAAUUAUGCUGAAAAUUUUGAAGAAGAUUAUAAUGGUCGAUCAAUGAUUAACUUAAACUCCUAUCGUUCAAAUGACCCAUAUAAAAUAAAUGAACAUUCAAGGUUUCCUAUAAAUUUGGAUAAUUCUAUUAUUACCAAUAAUAAUGAUACUAAUAAUGACAAUAAUUCUAGAUAUCUACAACCUUCAUAUAACCCUUUGUUAUCAUCAAUUCAUGAUAGUUACAUAACCAGUGGAUAUUUUGAUCAGUCAUCUAAUAUGGAAAAUGAUUACACUAACCAAAAUGAUAAUUGUGCAAUAAAUGAUAAUAAUAAUAAUAAUUAUCUAUUAUAUAAAACAGUACAAGAUACAAUUAAUUUAAAUUCUAAUAAUUACAAUCAAAUUCAUAUAAAUUCAUCUAAUAAAUUACCUACUAUAUCAAUUACAUCAUCAUUAUCAACAAAAGCUUCACCUCUAGUACAAGCUGUUCCAUUAUCCCCAGCUCCACCUACACAAUUUUCCGACUUAAAUUAUUAUUAAAUAUUAUUGAUAUGACAAAUGAAACAAUGUUUAAUGUUAUAAAAUGAGAAAUGAAUGAAAUUGUACAUGAUAACUGUAUUUAUUAUUAUGUUAUUUGUCAAUCAAUGAGUUACAUCAUUUUACUACUUAGCAACUUAUUGAUUAUUUCAUUUGUUCUUACUUACUUAAUCAUUUUCUUUUUGGUAUAUUUUAAGUUGAUCAUAUUUCUGUUCAGAAUUUCAUUGGAUAGUUAUUUUAACAUUCAUAAUAAUUUUGUGUAUAUUAGUCAACAUUAGUUAGUAGGGAUAUUUAUUAUGAAGUACUUAAUACAUCACAAUGCUUUAUAAUAUAUGUGUUAACAACAGAAUUCAAUAAAAGAGUUUCUGGGUUGUUUUUUUUUCUUAUCGAAGACUCUUCAUUUGAAUAUACUUCUUUGACAAUGUUGUUCUUAUGUAUGAGAACUUAUUUAGUAAACAUCAAUAAAAAUUUUCUAUAGAAUUUU